CAAGAAAUCUGGUUCCUUUUUUCUCUGUAAUCACUGUCUCUGUGCAGCUCUCUGCUGUAAGGGGCAGUCGGCUUUACAUUUCCCAUGAUGCUCACUGUCACGGAAUUGCAUCGUAUAGAAAGCCACGCUAGUGCUUUAUACAGGAACCCUAGCUAGCAGCUGUAUCAGUGUUGCCGCACAUUGUGUGAAGCAAUUCCCAGCAUGUUUCAGUUAGAGUUCCUUUGUGACUGACAAUGAACAGCUCAUCGGAUGGUGCCAACGAGGGAGCGGGCGCUGCAGCUGACAAUGGACCCACCAAAGUGGCAGAAUCUAUAGCCAUAAUAAUUAUUGACAUUCUCAUUUGUCUAGGAAAUUUAGUCAUUGUGGUGACUUUAUACAAAAAGUCUUACUUGCUUUCACUUAGCAACAAGUUUGUCUUCAGUUUAACCUUUUCCAACCUGCUUCUCUCAAUGCUGGUACUGCCAUUUGUCGUGGUCAGUUCGAUACUGCGGGAAUGGAUUUUUGGAGUUGUUUGGUGCAACUUUUCCGCACUGCUUUACAUGCUCAUUAGCUCGGCCAGCAUGCUCACCUUAGGCAUUAUAGCAAUAGACCGGUACUAUGCAGUCCUUUAUCCUAUGGUUUAUCCUAUGAAGAUUACUGGGAACAGAGCAGUACUUGCCUUAGUGUAUGUUUGGCUCCAUUCUCUUAUAGGAUGUCUUCCUCCUCUGUUUGGAUGGUCUACCUUAGAGUUUGAUCACUUCAAGUGGAUGUGUGUUGCAGCAUGGCACAAAGAGGCAGGGUACACUGCUUUUUGGCAGGUCUGGUGCGCUUUGUUGCCUUUCAUAGUAAUGAUGAUUUGCUACGGUUUCAUAUUUCGAGUAGCAAGGAUAAAAGCACGAAAGAUUCACUGUGGAACAGUUAUAAUUGUUCAGGAGGCUUCACAAAAGAAUGGGAGAAAGAAUUCCAGUACAUCUACGUCCUCGUCAGGAAGCAGAAAAAAUGGAUUUUCUAGUAUUGUUUAUUCAGCUAACCAAUGCAAGGCAUUAAUAACUAUACUGGUUGUUAUUGGUGCUUUUGUUCUUACCUGGGGUCCUUAUAUGAUUGUUAUAAGUACUGAGGCUUUAAAGGGAAAAAACAGUGUUUCUCCAGUAUUGGAGACUUUGGCCACAUGGCUAUCCUUUACAAGUGCAAUUUGCCACCCAUUGAUUUAUGGACUGUGGAACAAAACUGUACGAAAGGAACUUCUUGGCAUGUGCUUUGGGAAUCGGUACAGAGACCCAUUUCAUCAGCAACACAGAACAUCAAGAAUGUUCAGCAUCUCAAAUAGAAUAACAGAUCUUGGAUUAUCUCCUCAUCUUACUGCUCUUAUGGCACGUGGUACAGAAUCCGAACAUCAAAGCACAACUACAAAUACUGGGUUCAGCUGUUCAAAUGAGUCAGGUACUGAUGUCAUGCUGCUUGAUGAUACCAGCUCAGAUGCAACACAACUGCAUCGAGUAAUCUAUUCUCGAAGAAAAAGUUCAGUGACAUUUGAAGAUGAGGUGGAGCAAAAAAAUGAUGCCAGAACAAUGCCCACUCAACCUACUGCACCCAGUGAGUCCUUGGAAUCGUAUGCAUUCAACUUGGCCAAGGCAAUUGAAAUGGAUGCCAAAAUCAGUUUAUUUGGAGAAGAUGUUUUUCCAUCUAAUGUUCAAGCCCUGCCAGGAAAUUCUGGCAUCAACAGAAACAGAAUUAAUUUUAUACAAAAGCAGAGGGUACAGCUUCAAAGUAUUGAAGAAGGAAACAUUGAAACCAGCAAAUGUGAUGUAUAGUGGGCCAUAUAAUGCAUUGACUGUAAGCACACAUAGGUACAAAUACCUCGAAGCGUGUGUUCAGUAGAGUGGAACAAGUACUACAGACCAAACCACUUUAAAUAGAAAUAUGAAAGGUGGAAUCUAUACCUGUGCUUAACAUAAACCCAUUAAAUAGGGGCUGUGUAAAAGUACUUGUGUUCUGCCCUAAUGUUUUCAUUACAGUAUAUCACAUGUAUUUUUCUCUUUGGCCCACAUGGAGAUUAUUUGCCUGCUGUUAAAUCUCUGGUAGAACACUAAUCACACGUCACUAUGUUUUCUAAAGUCCUGCACAGUAUCUUUCUGCAGGAAACUUUUCACGACUUUCCACCUGCGAUUCACUUUAUUGCCAGUGGGAAGGCAUUUUAGAGAGAUUAGUUGUCUGCAGUAGCCAAGAUUAAGUAAAGGGCAAUGGGCCGCUGGGGCAUUAGUUGCCCGCGGUUAAACACCAUAGUGACCAUGACCUCUGGUACACUAGACUAGUCUCCGGAAGGAGGAGGGUGUAUGGUUCUAUCCCACUGUACCUGCUAUCUAUUUCUCCCCCCAUUGUUUACUGUAUUGUUCCUGAUAGAGUGGGAAGACAUGGAGCUGAUUUUACAGUGCUGUUGAUUCCUGAUGGCAAAUGGGAGAGUACAACUGACCAUGAUAAAGAUAGUAAUAUGUAAUGUAAUAUAAGUAGCAAAGUCAUAGUUAUUUCCUACCACCUAGAGCAUCCAAUUAGCAGUUAAUAUUUACUGCUUACCUGUUUAAAAGUAAAAAUCACAUUGGUUGCUAUGCUGCACUUGACCAAACUUUGUGCUUUUUAUUACAUAUGUGGAUACUGAGCACACUAUCAUUAGUCGAAAAAUUGAUUGAUAUUUAGUCAAUAUGACAUGGCAAAACAUAUAAGCCCUCUGAUGUAUUAAUGUUAAACAUACAUCUUUAUUGCCACUUCAAGAAGGAACAACCUUAAAAUGGGAACAAGCAUAAAAUAAUUGUUUACAGUGUUAUUGAGUCCAUUUUAAACAUGUAAUACUUUAAAAUCUGUAUACAUUAUAGUAUUAUUGAAGAUAUUUAGUGUUAAUUCGUACCCUAACGGGUAACAGCAGCUCUGAUCUCCUCACAUAGCUGCAGGGGGGGUCACAGCAGAUUUCUUUGUAAGGAUAGUGCAGGGUGUUUUGAUCACCUUCCCACCAGAGUAUAUUAAUAAAUGGAGCUCUGUGGAGCUCAUGCAAACACUGUGGGCCAAAACAUUGUAUUGGAAACUCCAGUCAGAGAGCCCCUGGCAUGAUUUAAAAUAGAACACUGAUAGGUCCACUAUAUCUUCAUUUUUAUUUUCUGUUAUGAAAAUAUACACACACACUUACUUUUCACCAUUUUGUUUAAUUUGCUCUAGAUUCUAGAGCUCAGCUUUUCUGUUUAAACUUUUCCUAUGCACCUUUGUCUCUUUGGUGCUAUGGCCACAGAAUUCCAUAUCACCUCCUGGGUUUUUAUUGUAAUGGCAGUACAAGAUGAUGUAAGUGGGUGUGGCAUUAUGCCAUGUGGCAUAACCAGUAAAAAUGAGCUUUAAAGGGGAAGGAAAGGCAAAUUCACUUGGGGGUGCAUUAUUCGAUUGAAUGGUUUAAAUGUUCGUUAAUUUAAAAGUAUGUGUAUCUAUUACGUGGAAUGCUGUACGACAUCGAAUGCUACUUAAAAAACUUAAGUAAGCUACAAUCACUGGCGUGCACCAAAAUGUUGGGCACCCCCCAGUGAUUAGAACUACUUACCUGAUACCUCAGGGCAGUGCUAGCUGAAAACUUCACUGGCCCGGGGUACUUCUGUAGGAGCACUACAUUGCCAUCUUCUUCUGCUUUUUUUGUUCUACUCCUUAUUCCCAUUCGGAUGCAAGCCUUUUUGGUUGGUGAAUUCCCAGCUAGGUGUGUUGUUGACUUCUAUUAAAAGGUUUUGGACCAUUUUUAAAGAGAUAUGCAAUACUUUUGUGUUCUUUUUAUAUUGUAUAAAUGUGAAUGGUUGCUUGUGUAUAUAUGUACAAGUUUUGUAGAAUUGCCUUUCCGUUACCCUUUUUUUGGAUUAAAAUUGGUACACUGAAAUAAGCACUGAAUACAAUACUCGGGAAUUCGCUAACACUCCAGUGUGAUCAUGUCGUUAAGACAAUCUUAAGCAAUAUGCCAUGUCAGCAUGGUUUUCAUCUUAGCUUUAAUUCCUCAGUAAGACCAUUUAAAAAGCAAUUCUUUUGUGUGUACAUGUGUUUUUAUAACUUUGCAUGUUUUUUUUUUAUAUUGUAUAAAUGUGAAUGGUACUUUUGUAAAUAUGUGCAAGUUUUGUAGAACUGCUUUUUUCAUUAAUUGUUGAUUAAAAUGAGAACACUA